CCAAAAUCGCCAGUGAAGCUCUCGACCGUGGAUUAGCCCGGGCGGUCACUUAUUGCACUGCCCUGUGCUUAGCCCUCGUUUCACCCACUUUUUGUUUUUUCUCUAUUUCUCUCUCUCUGCCUGAUAAAAAAACCUUUCUAUUUUCCUUCUAAAACACACAGAUAAAACAUCAAUCGAUCUAAUUUUUCAGAUCGAGAUCUCAAUCUCAACACCGAAUGAAAAAGUGAUUGUUGGCAGAUAGUAAAGAAAGCUGGAGCAAUUAAGGACGUUCGGUAGGGAGCUCGCUAUGGGCUCCCAAGGCGGAUUCUACCAGUCCAAGGAAUUUCUGGAUCUGGUCAAGUCCAUCGGCGAGGCUCGAUCCAAGGCUGAAGAAGACCGGAUUGUUCUCAACGAGAUCGAGACUCUCAAACGCCGUAUCUCCGAGCCCGACAUCCCCAAACGCAAGAUGAAAGAGUACAUCAUCCGAUUGGUUUACAUCGAGAUGCUCGGUCAUGAUGCUUCCUUCGGUUACAUUCAUGCCGUUAAGAUGACUCACGAUGACAGUCUCCUCGUCAAACGAACUGGUUACUUGGCCGUUACGCUCUUCUUGAACGAAGAUCAUGAUUUGAUCAUUUUGAUUGUCAAUACCAUUCAAAAAGAUUUGAAGUCUGACAAUUACUUGGUGGUCUGCGCCGCCUUGAAUGCCGUUUGUAAGUUGAUCAAUGAGGAGACCAUUCCUGCCGUGUUGCCGCAGGUUAUGGAGUUGCUCGCACAUCCCAAGGAGGCCGUACGGAAGAAGGCCAUCAUGGCUCUCCAUCGCUUUUAUCAGAAAUCCCCCUCUUCCGUCUCGCAUCUUGUCUCCAAUUUUCGCAAGAGGCUUUGUGAUAAUGAUCCUGGAGUUAUGGGAGCAACCCUUUGUCCGCUUUUUGAACUUAUAGCAAGAGAUGUUAAUUCUUACAAAGAUUUGGUCAUCAGCUUUGUAAGCAUUCUUAAACAAGUAGCUGAACGCAGACUAUCAAAGGCUUAUGACUACCAUCAAAUGCCAGCUCCAUUUAUUCAGAUCAAGUUGCUUAAAAUUCUGGCGUUGCUUGGAAGUGGUGACAAGCAAGCAAGUGAAAACAUGUAUACUGUAGUGGGAGACAUAUUCCGAAAAUGUGAUUCAUCAAGUAAUAUAGGAAAUGCUGUACUUUAUGAGUGCAUAUGCUGUGUUUCUUCUAUAUAUCCCAAUCCCAAGUUAUUAGAGUCUGCAGCCGAUGUUAUAUCAAGAUUUUUAAAGAGUGACAGUCACAACCUAAAAUACAUGGGCAUUGAUGCUCUUGGCCGAUUGAUAAAGAUAAGUCCAGAGAUUGCUGAGCAACAUCAGCUGGCUGUGAUUGAUUGCUUAGAGGACCCCGAUGACACUCUGAAGAGGAAAACUUUUGAACUACUUUACAAAAUGACCAAGUCUACAAAUGUGGAGGUUAUUGUUGAUCGCAUGAUUGAUUACAUGAUUAGCAUUAAUGAUAAUCAUUAUAAAACUGAAAUAGCAUCUCGAUGUGUUGAACUUGCGGAGCAAUUUGCACCAAGCAAUCAGUGGUUCAUCCAGACCAUGAAUAGAGUUUUUGAGCAUGCGGGAGAUCUGGUCAAUAUUAAGGUAGCACAUAAUUUGAUGCGGUUGAUUGCUGAGGGAUUCGGAGAGGAUGAUGAUAAUGCAGAUACUAAACUGAGAUCAUCUGCUGUGGAGUCUUAUUUGCGCAUUCUUGGUGAACCAAAGUUGCCAUCUGUUUUCCUUCAGGUAAUCUGUUGGGUAUUGGGGGAAUAUGGAACAGCUGACGGAAUGUUCUCUGCUUCUGACAUUACUGGGAAGCUGUGUGAUGUGGCAGAGGCUUAUUCUAAUGAUGAGACUGUUAAGGCAUAUGCAACUACAGCUCUCAUGAAAAUAUAUGCGUUUGAAAUAGCAGCUUGGAGGAAAGUAGAUAUGCUGCCUGAGUGCCAAUCUUUAAUGGAAGAGUUAUUGGCUUCUCACUCAACAGAUUUACAGCAACGUGCCUAUGAACUGCAAGCAGUGAUUGGGCUUGAUGCUCAUGCUGUUGCGUGUAUUAUGCCAUCAGAUGCAAGUUGUGAAGAUAUUGAGGUUGAUAGAGACCUUUCUUUCCUUAAUGAUUAUAUCCAAGAAGCAAUAGAAAAAGGUGCUCAGCCCUAUAUUCCUGAGAGUGAACGCUCUGGAAUGUUAAAUAUCAGCAAUUUUAGGAACCAAGAUCACCACGAGGCUUCAUCACAUGGUCUUAGGUUUGAGGCUUAUGAGCUCCCAAAACCAGCUGUGCAGUCCAGGAUCCCUCAAACAUUAAUUGCUUCAACUGAAAUAGUGCCAGUGCCUGAGCCAAUGUAUCCUAGGGAGAGCUACCAGACUACUAUGCCAUCUAUUCCAUCAGAUGCAGGAUCGGCGGAGCUCAAGCUACGACUAGAGGGAGUACAAAAGAAAUGGGGUAGAUCGACAUAUACACCUGCUACAUCUACCUCAAAUUCCACAUCACAGAAAACAGUUAACGGGACUUCACAAGGUGAUGGGGCAAGUACCGUAAGUUCAAUGCGUGAAACCUAUGAUUCAAGGAAACCACAAGUUGAAGUUUCUCAUGAGAAGCAGAAACUUGCUGCUUCACUGUUUGGAGGUUCAUCAAAAACGGAAAAGAGGCCUGCUACUGGUCAUAAGGCUGCAAAGGCAAGCAGCCACGUGGUGGAGAAGUCUCAUGUGCCAAAGUCUAGUAUGGAAGUUGCAUCAGAAAAGGCCGCUCCUGCUCAGCAACCUCCGGACUUGCUUGAUUUGGGGGAACCAACUGCCACAAGUACUGCUCUUCAACUAGAUCCAUUUAAACAAUUGGAGGGCCUUCUUGACGCAACUGAAGUUGCUUCAGCUGUAAAUGGUGCACCUGCUGCUUCCAGAUCACCUGAUAUAAUGGCAUUGUAUGCUGACACAGCCGCUGGUAUACACAAUAAAAAUGAUGCUGAUCUUUUAUCUGGCUUGUCAAAUCCUUCAGUGACAAACAUGCCUGGCACUACUGCAAUGCCUCAAGUAACACAAAGCAGCAGUAAAGGGCCAAACCCUAAAGAUUCCUUGGAAAAGGAUGCAUUGGUGAGGCAGAUGGGUGUGAAUCCAUCGAGUCAGAAUCCAAACUUGUUUAAAGAUUUACUUGGGUGAACUGGAAACAUGAAUAUGAUUUAAGGGAUUUUAACAGCUACCAAAUUUACAGUGCCAGUGCGGUUUUGCAUGCAGCUGGGCAGUUGAUAGGACAAUCAUACAGGCUAUAUUGGUAUUUAUUUAUCAUUACCAGAUAUAUGCCAGAGAUUGUCAUAUAAAUGUGAUCCAGCCAUAUAGAAUUUUGGGGUCAGGUACUGUUCUGUAGUUUCUUUUUUCCUUUAUUUUUUUGGAAGCAUUACUGGUCUGGAGGGUUUAGUGUUUAUUUUAAUACCUUUUAUUUUAAUAGGAAAGAGCAGAAACAAUGAUGUUGUGUUCGUUCUUUUGAGUGAUUUGCGAGCGGAGGUUUUAGUGGCGGUGUAUUGUAUUGUAGGUCAUGCCCAUGCCUAUGCCUAAAGAGUUAGACGGGCGAGGGUUUUGCUUUUGCCUUCUUUAGCAGUUGCCGAUGUUUGGGUCCCUUGUUAUAAUAAUGAUGUACAAAUACUGGUAAGUUAAUUAAUUAAUCUGAAAUAUGGAGUUUAAGUAA